CCUCUUUGGCUGGGACUACCCAGAGAGAACUCCGAGGAAAACCUCUCGUCCCAGCCAUCCGCGCGCGGCCGAGCAUGCGCCCGGCGUUCGCUUCUCGGACUACAUUUCCCAGAGGGCCCUCGCCAGCGCUUGCGCAGUCCGUCCUGGCGCUCGGGCCAUUUAAAUGUGUGUGAGGGAGACGGCGAAAUGGCUGCGGUGCGCGCCGUGUCCCGAGGCGCGGCGGAGACGCCUUCGCUGCCGCUGGGAGAGCGACCCGGCCGGCCGAGGGGCGGAGGGAGAAAGCGGAAGCCCCCGCCGGGGGAGCUCGAAGGCUGCAAGAGGGCCAAGACGGGCCAGCAGGCCAAUACUACCACCACCACCACCAUGGUGUUGGGGCCCGCUCAGGCGGAGCCGCUCCCCGCCGUGACGACGACGACAGCGGGCCUCUUCACCUUCGCCUCCCUCAGCCUCUCGCCACCGCCGCCGCUGCCUCCUCAGCCACCGCCUCAGGCACCGCGCUGCGAGCGAAGGCACCACCACCGGCACCGGCACCGCCCCCCGGACCGCGGCAGUGGCAGCGGCGCCUCCUCAGCGGAGAAGGCGCACAAGGGGAGGCGGGGGAGCGUCGGCGAAGGGAGGCCCGGCAAGAGAGAAAGCCGAGAUGAAAAUGGCAAGACCCAGAGAGCUGACAGUCUUAUUGUAAAGAAAAUAAAGAAAAAGAAGAAAAAGAAACACAGAGAAGACACAAGGGGGAGGCAUCUGAAAAUGUACAACAAGGAAGUACAGACGGUGUGUGCUGGUCUUACCCGUAUCAACAAAGAGAUUUUGACUCCAGGGGAGAAUGAUAACUUAGAAGAGAAUAAGGAAUCUUUUAGGUACCUAAAAGAUGAACAGCUGUGUCAGUUGAAUUUGGGUGUGCAGGAAUAUAGGAUACCCCAGGGGGUGCAGUCUCCAUUUACUACCCAUCAGGAACAUUCUGUUCGCAACAGCUUCUUGAAAACAGGCACUAAAUUUAGUAAUUUUAUUCAUGAAGAGCAUCAGUCAAAUGGAGGAGCUCUGGUACUUCAUGCGUAUAUGGACGAACUCUCAUUUUUGUCUCCAGUGGAGAUUGAGAGAUUUGCUGAAGAGUUUCUUGCUUUGACAUUUAGUGAGAAUGAAAAAAAUGCAGCAUACUAUGCUCUUGCUAUAGUUCAUGGGGCAGCUGCCUACCUGCCAGACUUCUUGGAUUACUUUGCUUUUAAUUUUCCUAACACUCCGGUGAAAAUGGAAAUCCUUGGCAAGAAGGAUAUUGAAACAACCACCAUUUCAAAUUUUCACACUCAGGUCAGUCGAACAUAUUGCUGUGGAACCUACAGAGCAGGUCCAAUGAGGCAGAUCAGUCUUGUUGGAGCAGUGGAUGAAGAAGUUGGAGACUAUUUCCCAGAAUUUCUUGAUAUGUUGGAAGAAUCUCCAUUUCUUAGGAUGACUUUGCCUUGGGGUACUCUUUCUAGUCUCAGAUUACAGUGCAGAUCGCAAAGUGAUGAUGGGCCCAUAAUGUGGGUAAGACCAGGUGAACAGAUGAUUCCAACAGCUGAUAUGCCAAAGUCACCAUUCAAACGGCGAAGAUCAAUGAAUGAAAUAAAAAACCUCCAGUAUCUACCUCGGACCAGUGAACCCCGCGAAGUUCUCUUUGAAGAUAGAACAAGAGCACAUGCUGAUCACGUUGGGCAAGGAUUUGACUGGCAGAGUACCGCAGCUGUUGGUGUGCUUAAAGCUGUUCAGUUUGGUGAAUGGAGUGACCAGCCUCGUAUAACCAAAGAUGUAGUUUGUUUUCAUGCUGAGGAUUUUACUGAUGUAGUUCAAAGACUUCAGUUGGAUCUACAUGAACCUCCAGUCUCACAGUGUGUUCAAUGGGUUGAUGAAGCCAAGCUGAACCAAAUGAGACGAGAAGGGAUUCGCUAUGCUAGAAUCCAGCUUUGUGACAAUGACAUCUACUUCAUCCCUAGAAAUGUCAUUCAUCAAUUCAAGACAGUUUCAGCUGUCUGCAGCUUAGCUUGGCAUAUAAGACUCAAACAAUACUAUCCUGCAGGGGAGAAUUCUCAGAGUACAGAUGGCAUUUCAAAUAUGGACAGUACCACCCAUGACGAGAUGUUAUCAGAAGAAAAUAAAUGCCUGCUUGUGAAAGAAGAGCCUGAGGAAGUAGGAAGAGAUGUGCAGACGGCAACAAUGCCACAACCACUGCUGUUUUCAUCUCUCUCAUGACUUGUCCUGCAACAAGAUAAGCUGAUGGUUCAGUCCCUUCCAGUUUUUAAAAAACUAGAACCAUAUAAGCAACACAAUCCACAGGAUGAUCAUAUGUGCUCUCUUGUGUGAUAUGUACAUAAUCGUAUACAUUUUUAAAACUGCUUUUUAAAAUUUUGAUGUGAAGGUAUAGUUUUAUAACUGGGUUAUGUUUUAUUUGAAAUAUCUUGCCUAUAAUUCUAUAACAAAAGGUGACAUUCCAAAAAUGUCAGGCAUAUCUUUUUUACACAGAUUAUGCAAAGUUAGAGUUGUAUUUUACUCCCUUAGUGCAGCAUGUAGUAGUGGACUACACCUUUCGUGUAUUUUUUUAAAGGAAUGAGGUAAUAAUUCAACAUCUCAAUAUUUUUUUUCUUUUUAGAAACAUCAAAUAUUUAUCACUUGGUAAAUCUGAAACUGCUCCAUCUAUUUAUCCUUAGCUUUCAGAAUAAAAGGGAUGGUUUCUGUUGAGGAUUCACAAAACGACUCUCCCAUUCUAUUAAUGGCAUGAAUGAAAGAGAGCACAGCACUUUUAAUGAUCAGUUACAUUUAUAUGUGUAUUUGUGUAUGUGUGAGAGAUUUUGAAAGCCUGGUGGAAACUUAAGUUACCAGCAAAGUAGAUGUUCAGUUCUUACCAACACAUCCAUAAUGAAGUUAGUGGCAGAGUAUAUGAUCUUGUUGAAAUGUGAUGAUGACUAAUCUAACACUUCCCAUAUCUCUGCUUUUAAUGUUUGUGGGAAUAUUGCUUUUUAAUAUCUUCUUCCCUGACUGCGUAACAGAACACUAGUGUCUAACGAAAUUAACUGUUGGCAGUCUCUCUGAGGAAACUGCUGUCUUUGAGCACUUUAAGGCAUUACAAUAUUUUAACCAAGUUGGUGGCUUGUUUAAUUCACAUCAAGUAUCUGAGAGGAAACCAUCAGCUCCUUUCCAUUGAUGCACUUACUCCAGUAGUGUAGGCUAAGGUAUAUACAUUGGUUGUCUUUAUUGUCAGAAAUUCUAUAUUGCCAGUUCACAGGUUAUCAUAAAUGGGCUGAUAUUUCCACAUAUAAGUCUUGGUUACCCUAGUGCUGUGUUGGAAGUUUAAAUGGCACAUCCUGGUAUGCUCAGUGUCAAUAACUAACACUGUUUAUCAAUCAUACAAUAUUUCCCAAUAACUAUAAUCCACUUUCACUCAUUUUCUGUAUACAAAAUUAUAUUUAUUUCUGGUACUAGAAGAAUCGGGCCUCCAAACUGUAGGAUGUCAACUUCAUUAAAGUGCAAUCAAAAUUGUUUUUAAAAAAGCAACUUGUGGAGUAAGGGACAGAUCUGGAGCACUACAUCAGUGCAAGCAGAAAAGCCUUGUUUAUUUCAAUGCAUUUUUGAUAUCAAUUCUUUGAAAAAUUUAGCAAAUGUUAAUCUGUUUAUAAUAGCAAUUACUUUGUGCAAUAUUGUUUUGUGUAGAUUGUAUGCCUAUUAGCACCUCUUGAUAGAGGGCACACUUUUAAAAUAAUAGCAAAAUAACCAGAAAACAUUGCAGUGAUUUAGGUAGAACUGUAUUACUCCUGAUAUAUACACGUAUAUGUAUUGUCUUUGGUGCACACCCGAAGACGUAUAGAAAAUAUUUCAGCUUAAAAUGAAUUUUCAGAUUGGAGUGGUGGUGAUUUGUAACGUAAUCUGUGUAAAUACAGUGUUAGGGUUAAAAUCUUUAUACAAAAAGUAAUGUGUUUUUAUGCAGGAGUGUAGCUUUUAAUCUUAACAAAGAAUUCUAGGUUGACCAAUACUGGUUCAGAAAUAACCUCUGUGUACUCCAGCCUUUUCCACUUUCUGUAAACUCUUGGUCUAGAAGAAUUUUCAUAAGCUUCAGUGGGCUAUUUAAAGUAAAAUUCUUCACAGGCAAUAUGAGUAUCAGCAAAUCAUUUAGAUUUGACCAAUCCCAUAUUUAUUUUUGCAUUUCUUUUUCAUUUUACUAGUCUUCCAAGCAUUGAUUUCUUCUCACCCAUAUGUCGUAUAUGGCAGUUUGAAGAAAGAUGGCUUAGCUUUCUCUCUUGGAUGUUUCAGCUACAUGUACACCUGUCACCUGAAAAGACAGCACUGUGCAUAACCACUCAGGAAUCGGAAAACAUGGAAAAGACUUCACAGCUGAAGGGGGGGAGCUAUUGAUUGCUCAGCAUUUCCUGUCCUGAAAUAAAACUUCUGAACCAACAAAGUAGCAAAAUGCAUACCCAUAUCAUUUUUAAAAGGUGUAGUACAACGUAAAUGUUAAAAAUUAACAUGGACAAUGCAGGUUGGAUCCAACCUUGUCUGUUGGUAAAUAGAAGGGUUCCUUCCUUUUAGUAGGAGAAUCCACUGGAGACUACCUUCUAGAAAAAGGAAGGUAAGUGAUUUCCAUCACUUCCCUCAUUCCUUUUGCAGGGCCAGUGUUAUGUCCCACAACACUGUUCUGGAGGGUUCACCAGUCCUCUAGAGCAGCUUUUCAGAUAAUUAUAAGGGGAACAGGAAUUGCUGAAGUAUACCCAUUAUCUCAACCAGAGUUAGCUGUAUUCUAUUGAGCACAAAUCUGGAUUCCACCCUAUAAUAAGUUUGCUUGCACAUUAAAUUACAGCAGUACGAAGCAGCCUUUUGGGUUUUAUUUGUCAGAACUAAAAUUCUUAAGUUAGAUGGAGAAUCUUGGACCAAUGUUCCAUGCCUUUCUAGUUAGAGCUAUUAGUAUCAGAACUGCAGUGUGAUGUGUAAAUGCAGUCAUGCAGUAUUUUGGAUAAAUGUGCUUCAGGCAUUUUGUUCCUGCUCACUUACCUUAAUUUCACCUUACAUGUAUCUUUAUAGUUAUAAUUUGUUGCAUCAAGCAUGAAUUGUCACUCACUAUGAAAUUAGAGGGCCAAGUACCAAAGAGCUAUGUACAUGGAGUUGUGCAUAUUCACAGGGCUGGAUUGAUUUCUCUGUCUACAGCCCUUUGCAGAAUAUUGGAAAGUACUCCAAGAGUCCCUUGACAUUCUUUUGAGGGAAGUUGGGACUGCCCUGUGAGAGGAGGUUGACAAAAGCCUAGUGCAUGCGUGCCCAGAUCAUGCAUUUGGAUUUUAUAGAAGAUGAGGGAAAACAGCUUGUAGAAUUAACAUGGUGAAAAAUAUGUCUGAUUUGCACGAAGAAGGCUAGCAGGAAUUUCUGAGUGAAUAAUAAUUAAAGUCAACUAUGGAAUUUUAAAAAAAUAGUGACUGGGUUCCAAUUGCCAAGACAACUCAGUUUAUUUGGGGAACAUAUAAUCUUUAGCUCUUGAUGAAGUAAAGAGAUUUUUAAAUUUUAGUAUCUCAGGAACAUGUUGGGAAAUAAAUUAUAUUGAUGUGAAGAUUUCAGAAAUGUAUCUGCCAAUGUAACUGAUACUUCACUUAAAGCCAAUAGGAAAUUUCAUUUUAUAAAUAGUACAGUACUUACAAAAUGGAAUUAAAUGGGAAGGCAGAGUUAUAUUUACAUUUAUUUUAUUAUAGGAUACUAUUUAGCUGUGAAGACAUUUUCCCCAUUCUGACUUCCAUAAUGGCUGAGUACCAAUUUCGAAAGGGAGAGAAAAGAUUUGGUCUUCCAGAUACUGAACAGUAAUUUCUAUCUUCCCUCACCACUGUCUGUUGGACAGGAUUUAUGGAUGGCCACAUGCUCCCCAUCUUUUGUUAAUGUAUCAAGUGCACCCUGUAUUAUGUUUUCAUAACUUGCUAAAUAUUAGGACUCCCACAGUUAUGGUUCUUGUCUAAGGAUACUGAGCAACCUCUAAGUGGAAAAUUUAGGCUUCUCUCAUUUAUUACACAUCCUAUUUUUCCUGUGUUAAGAAACCAAGAGAAGUAAUAUGUGUUCAUUGUGUAACUAUAUUUGGCCACUGAUUCAUUUAGCAAACUAGAAAAAAAGUAAAAUUAAGAAAUAAAUGAACUAAGCCUUUCAUAUUCCCAACUCGUUUUUUUCCUGAACAUAAAUGUCUAUUUUGUAAAUAACAUGUUCUCUUCCAUGAAGAUGGAACAUGUAGAGGAUUCAAGUGAGAUUUAAGGGACCCUUGACAUCUACCAUAUAGGUUUUUGCAAACAGGAAAAGGGCUCUAGUUUUUCUAGUUUUCCUACAUAUGAAAACUUUGCUUUUUGUUCGGGGAAAAGAGCAUUCAUUUAUUGUCAGAGCCCCAGGAUGGGUAUUUGUUUUUCUCAUACUGCCAUUGACAUGCUUUAAUUUAUUCUGAGUGGUAACCUUUCUUUACUUGGGGCACAAUCCUGUCCAGGAUAAGCACCUCUAGAUCCCAUUGAUUUCAAAUCAAAUAAAAUUUAAAUGUGAUUAAUGUUGGCAGGAUUGUACUCUUCUUUCCUUACAAAUGCUGAGUAUUAUAGCCAUAUUGGUUGUAUUUGAAGGUUGCUAUUAGCGAGGAUAUUUAUCCAUCUCUUGAAAGCUUUCUACUGUAGAUAAACAUAUUGGCCCAACAAACAACGUUCCAAUAACAUUAAGGCCUUCCAUUGAUAUACAUAAUUUUAGAACCCAACAGCACAUGUAGUCGAGAAGGGGCUUCUCUUAAUAUAGCACUUUCGAUUCUGUCUAAGCAAAUACCUAUAAUUAAUAUGUUGUAUAUACAAUAGAUUUGUGUAGUGUUUUGUGAUUAAAUUCAGUUUUGAUUGGCAGCUAAGAUAUUUUUCUGUGGUUUUAAUAAUCUAAGGUCUUUGCAUAUAGAAGUUAUGUACAAUUGCCUGGAAGACUGUUUUGCUUUGUGUGGCCUUAGUAUAUUUAUUGACAUUUAGCAAGUGUUUUAAAGAGGUUUUUAUAAUAGUAUAAACUGAUGGGAAAAUUUUAAGCCUCUCUGUGAAUAAUCCCUAACACAGUGCAUUUCUUUUAGUAGCUGACUGUAAAAGCAUAUCACUGUUUAAAAGAUAUUUCUUUGUUUAAAAAAAACAGUACAAUGGAAUGCAUAGAUUUCCCCCCUGUAAAGUAUUUUUUUAAUAAACAGAAUUCUGAUUUGUCCUUAAUGAGAAA